UUAUGAACCCGCCCCGGAUGUGACGCCACGUUCGGCAGCAGCUAUGCAUUGUGGGUAAAGUUGAGUAAACUGCUAACAACAACAGCUAACGUUAAUGAUUUAAGUUAACCGUUAUCAGUCGAGCAAACGCUGACAGUUUGAAAGAAACCCCGAGCGGUGUUAAUCAUAUUAUAAGUAAUGCCACUCAUGGUAACAGCGUUGACUAUGAGCAGCAGGUUCAGAGCCGCAGAGGAGACUGGUUCCGUGUAAUGACGACCCGGACUCAACGAUGCUCAGCAGGAAACGGAGCGUCGCGUGGGACUUCUUCGAAACCGUCGACUCUGAGACGGUCCGGUGUCUGCUCUGCUCGAACAACAUGAUCAGAUACGAGCAGGGCAGCACUACCAACAUGCUGAGACAUCUACGAGCCAAACACCCCGCCGAGGUGAAGGGGAUGAGGGGUCGUGUGGCUGAAACUGCCCCCAUUAACUGUCAUGAAGACAUGGAGACGGACAGUGAUCACUUCUGCUCCGUGGAAGUGGCCCUGGAGGACGGAGACUCUGACACGCCUACCACGGGGAAUGAUGCUGACUUAAACUCUGCUAUUAAAGGCAUCCUGGAAGCUGCACAAAAAGGUCCAGCGGAACAAAUAACACGUGAAGAGGCGGCUGAUGACCGCCGUGUAAGACGUAGACGGAGCUUGAUUUGGAGGCACUACAAGCGGUUGGACAGUCUGGCAGCUGCUCUUUGCUGCAUUUGCAUGCAGAAGCUACAGUGCUUUGAAGGCAGCAGCACCAGCAACCUGCGUCGGCACAUGUCAACGAAACACCCGAAGGUGUUCUCUCAGCUAGUGGCCGAUGAGAAGAACUCGGCACUGGGGUCACACACUAAAGGUGGCACAGUGACACCACCAGAGACUGUUGUGAUGACAGAGAAGAGAUCAUUUCCAGUGGAAGUGGCACAGGAGGACAGAGACUCCCUUACCCCAGUGGAUCACGCUGACUUUGCUCCUAAUGGAAUCCUGGAAGCUGCCAAAGGAGGUCCAGCAGAACAAAUAACAUGUGAAGAGGCAACUGAUCACUGCCCUGUUAGACAUAAACGCACUUUGAUCUGGAGACACUACGAGCACUUGGACAGUUUGUCUGCAGCUCGUUGUCGGAUAUGCAUGAAGAAGUUACAAUACUUUGAAGGAGGCAGCACAGGACAGCUGCAUCAGCACUUGUCAAAGAGACACCCGGAGGUAUUUUCUCAGCUAGUGGCCAACGGGCUGAACCCACCACAGUCGUGUUCAUCAAAGGGCCCCAAAGCUAAUGGUGACACAUCGACACCACCAGCGACUGUUGGGGCGAUAGAGAAGAGAACAGUUUCAGGUGUGUUGAAAGUUUCACGAGCAUCUGAAGGAGAAAAGCGUCUCUUCAGGAGGGAGCAGGAGCUGAUAGAGUCCAUGAGGAGAGCGCAGAGGGAGGAGGCGCGGGCUCUGGAGCAUCAGAGGGAGCUGCUGGAGAAGCUGCGUGCAGUGAAUGCCAGGGAGGCAGCUGCAGAGAGGGAGCAAAUCGAGUCACUGAGGAAAGCACAGCAGGAGGAAGCCAAAGACUUGAACAAACAGAAAGAUGAGCUGCAGAAGGAGAGGGCAGAGCUGCGGAAGAAAUGGGAAGAGCUUCAGCAGGAAAGAGAGGAACUACUUUUGUUUACCAGUGAGCAGCAAGUUGAUUCUGUUACUACGUGACGAGACUGUCGUGUUAUCACCUGUUAUAGGUUUCCUGUAAAUGCUGUGACGCUUACUUUAAGACAUGAUAAUGUAAAAAUGUAAAUUCUCCUUCUAGUAAAAUUGGUUUUGCAAAAGA